GGCCGCAGAUGGAGUGUUGGAAAUGAAGGACGCGAGCGAAGGAGGAAGAUCCAAGGAGGACGACGGGGAGGGAUGGGACAGAAGCAAGAGAAACUGGGACUGCUAGACGAGGGAAAGGCUCAGCAAGCGGCCAUAGAACCAGAUUCAUGCAGAUCGGUAUGGGGUUUGUCGUGUGCGGUGGACCGAACGAAAGGAGUCCUCGAGGAUUUUGCUACGAAAAGCUUGUGCCCAAAGGACAGGAGAGGGUCGCCCCAAGGAACCUUUCUCGUUGCUACUCAUCCUCACACUCACACGACCUCCAAAGUGUUUAAUGUUCUCAUCUUCAGAUAAGAUAUUCUAGAGGAAACUUCCAAGCCUAAAACUCGGCCACGGUGCUCCGAGUGCAAGCGUUGUUGGGGCGUGUCUUGUUGUUUUAGAGAGGGCGUACGAGAGCCACAGCAACUUGAGCCAAACGAGAGAAGUAGGAGCUGUGGUUUAAUGCAUGUUGUCAAGUAGGGUGCCUCUAGAAGAUCGAAAGCAGCAAAUUGGAAACUUGGUCAUGAUUGUACCCAAAAAAAUUCUUUCUUUGUGAAUCUUUUAUUUGUUGAGGACAUUCACGGACGUACGAGAGAUCGAGCAUGAGAUUACAACCGAUGUCGUAUGGGACUUUUUUGACCUUAUCAACUUGGGUCGUAAGUCGACUGGCGUGUCGUGGACUAUCAUCGCUGUUCCGGUGUUGGCUCGGAAACCACAACCGGUUGGGUCUACAAUGAACCGGCGGUUGCGGCAGGUACAGACUUAAUCCACUGUACAGUGACCUCUGAUGGUGUGGAAUCAGCUUGGGCGGUUGUAUCUACCGAAUCUCAUACAUUACCCCUACCCAUCCGACUUCAACUCCCUGGCGAACAGAAGCGUGGCCUUUUCCCGACUCUGUAUUUCCUCCAUUUCGUGGCUCAACUGUUGGAUCAAGCUUCCUCGCACAUCCAUUCCCUAAGUGGGCAGGCAAACUUGUCGUAAAAGACAAUACUGUUGUGUUAAAUAUUCAAGGC